CAGAGGAGUAUGUAUACCACGUACCACGCUGAAUAACAAUUCAAUCAUUGGUAAAUAUCGAUACAAAUACUCCAUGAUGUUUUAUCUUUGUCAGAGUGGUAUGCCUGACUUAGAAUGCUGAAAAAAUGAGUUUUGAGGGAGGUGCUUAUACCUAUACUUAUUCAUGCGAACAACAGUUCAUUGACCUGCUGCUGGUCUUUUUUCUUUUUUUCCCCUCCUUCCAACAACCGGUGUCUUCUGGGUGACGUUUGUACUAAAAAUGGUUCAUUAAAACGUUUUUUUCCCUUCUUCUGCUUCUUCCCAGAGAAUCUCUAUGUAGUUCUGUGUACGGUGUUUCACCGUGAGCAUAACAAAACUGAAUGAGCAAGAUAUUCAGUAAAGCAUUAAGAUUUGGACUGAACACCUGGCCUUUUGUAGAUCAGGCAUGGGGAAUAGCGUCUCGGGCGUCCCGUCUUUGCAAAGAGGACACCAAAGCAAAUUUCAAAGAUUUCCAAACUCUUACAAAGAUUCUCUGGGCGGCUCCUUCCCACCCACCUCUCAGCGAUGUCACCACAAGCCCAAGCGCUGUCUGCCCGCCCAGCAGUGCAGCGGCUUCCCCAUCAGCCCGCUCCUCUUCCACCCCAACGCCAAGGGCUCGCAGAUCAUCAUGGACCUGGCUCACAAGGCGGUGAAGAGGCAGGCCAGCUUCUGCAAUGCCAUUACCUUCAGCAACCGGCCUAUUGCCCAGUACGAGCAGGUCAGGCUAAAGAUUACGAAGAAGCAGUGCUGCUGGAGUGGAGCACUACGGCUCGGCUUCACCGCUAAGGACCCGUCGCGGAUCAACCCGGACAGCCUGCCUAAGUACGCCUGCCCAGACCUGGUGUCCCAGAGCGGCUUCUGGGCCAAAGCUCUGCCGGAGGAGUUCGCCAAUGAGGGCAACAUCAUUGCCUUUUGGGUGGACAAGAAGGGCCGUGUCUUCUACCGCAUCAAUGAUUCCAGUCCCAUGCUGUUCUUCAGUGGUGUCCGGACUAUAGAACCUCUGUGGGCCCUGAUUGAUGUUUACGGUCUGACAAGAGGGGUUCAGCUGCUUGACAGUGAAAUAGUGCCUCCAGACUGUCUACGCCCACGUUCCUUCACCACGGUACGCAGGUCCUCCUUGCGGAGGGAGGCAGAUGAGUCACGGCUCUCUGUCAGCCUCUGCGACCUCAACCUUCAGGAGGAACACCUGCACCUUGCAUCCACCGCCUGCCCCAUCCCGCAGAACUCACUCAACUCUCAGCAGUGUCACCUACUGCCUCCGCACCUGGACAGUGACAUCCACUUCCAUCAGCUGCACGGCGCCCAUAUCAAGACGCUGGACGAGCAGACGGUGGCCCGCUCGGAGCACGCCCGCGAGGAAAGGACGCUGGUGUUCACCAGUCGGCCGCUGCGAACCGGGGAGACCAUCUUCAUCAAGGUCACCAAAUCCAGCCCAGCCCGCUCAGGGUCGCUCUCCUAUGGGGUGACCUCCUGUGACCCCAGCGUCCUGCGGCCCAGCGACCUGCCCUACAACCCAGAAUCCCUCGUGGACCGGAAGGAGUUCUGGGCCGUCUGCAGGGUACCGUCACCAUUGCAGAGCAGCGACAUCUUGGGGUUCUUAGUCAACCCAGAAGGGGAGGUCAUUCUAAGCCACAACGGCACUAACGCGGGCAUGCAGGUGUGCGUGGACAACUCCCGACCUCUAUGGAUGUUCUUCGGUUUACAUGGAGCAGUUACACAGUUAAAGAUACUGGGCUCGACCCACCUAGCAGAUCCGCGAGGCCCAUCUGCCCCAAGCUCCCCUUCGUCCAUCCCGAACAGCCCCACCGGCUUGUGCGGCGGCAGCUCAGAGCUCACCCUGAACAGCAGCUGCCCUGGAGCAUUCUGCGGCUCCGCUGGAGGAACGACUCCAAGCUCACCUAUCAGUCUCCCGAAGUCUCCCACCUUCCCAUCAGGCUCUGGGUCCUGGAGUGACGAGUGCUCCAUCUGCUACGAGAACAUGGUCGACACGGUGAUUUACGCCUGUGGGCAUAUGUGUCUCUGCUACACCUGCGGGCUCAAGCUAAAGAAAAUGGCCAACGCCUGCUGUCCCAUAUGUAGGAGAACCAUUAAGGACAUUAUAAAGACUUACCGCAGUACGUAAGCCCGGCUGGGGCGCUGGGGUCACCUGACCAUACUGGCACAAUAUACACGAAGUGAAGAGGGAACUAUUACAUGUUCAGGGAAAUAUUACUUUGGUGCACCACGGUACGUCUCCACGGAGGGCUUUUGACGUGAGAUCUGCCGGCACACCGCAGUCCAUUGAAUUUUUACGCAAGCCUGUGUAAAGCUUUGGCAGUAAUCGGGAGUUUCGUUCCUCCUCUGAAAACAAAGUGUACCUUCAUUAGUGAUUCAGGAAGUUUCAAAGACGCGCAACAAUCAAAUCCAACAAUAGAGAAGGCUGUCUCCUUAGCACCCGCGUAGUUUACGCUGCGGUGUGAGUCUCUCUAAAAUGGAAAUAAGGUAUUUUCUACACGUUCUAUAUUUCUUAGAAUGGAGGAGGGAGGAUAGAAUAUAUAUAUAUAUAUUAUGAUGUGUGACUUUUCUUCCGAAUCCAUACAAGUACAAUUAAAACACCCCUGUGGUAGAUAUGAAGAAAAAGAUUUCAAAAUAAUCCCCAACUUUCGGCACAACUUCUGUCUGUGCUUGGGGGAGAUGAAACAUGAUGGUGAGAAUGGAAAACGAUCUACAGAAACCUGCCUAAGCAGGAAUUCUGUCAGUGGUACUGAGCUCCAGACAUUCUGCAGGUGCGUCACUUUUUAAACGGAAUUGACACGAUAUCCUAAUGUGUUACUUAAGCAGUUUGUUGUGCAUAGCAAAUAAUAAUGGGAGGGUGUUUCUUUCUGUGUUCUGCUUCUUGGUGCCGUGUCAUCAAGUUAGUCCAUACCUGCAAAGAGCUGUAGUGCAUAGUGCUGUGAUGGUCACAUGCUCAGUUGGUCACUUAUUCUAUAGUGUUAGAUGUAUCACGUGGAAGACACUGCUGCCCUCUCCGCCAUUACAGAGGAGAUGUGUCCAAUCAUCAAUUGGUACGAAUAUGUAGCUAUACAGAAUGUAAUUGCAGGUUGCAGUCCCCAUGUACUCUGUGCUUCUGGGCACCUUUUUGGAGACUAUUUGUAAACGUAAAGGGACAAAGUGCUUUGCUACCAACAACAAAGCCAACAACAAACAACCAACAAAAAAGCACUUCACUGGAGUCACUAAAACGAAAAUGGACGAAGCCUCCUGCGAUGACCCGCUACACUGUGAAACACGGGUAUUAAGCUGAUUAGUAUAAAUCUAGUGAUAUCCUACUCAAAUGGUAGUCAAACCUGUGUGCUUCAUUUACAGGGAAUGUAUUCAUGAGCAUGGCAGUGAUGGGAGAUAGGAGCCAUACCAGGCAGCCUCAAGCCUUAAGUAAUGGAAGAGGCCAUUUUGUCAAACCAGGGUUUGAUUGUUUGUAAAUUUCAUUUUUUAACUUUUUUAUUAAUGAGCCCUUGCAAAUACCAAAAAUGUCACGAUCCAGUAUAAAGACUGCACACCAAGAACUGAACAGCUCGAGAGAGCAGAGGGGUUGUGCAGUAACUGACACAGGAUCCUUUUUAAUGUGCUAAUAAUCUUCUAACCCAGUGUUUCUCACAGAUAAGCCACGUUUUUGCUUCCCUGUGAGGGAGCAAAAACAGGGACUGUCUGGCAGGGAGGUGGGAGGGAGCAAAAACGUGGACCGGCUGUGGGUCCCUGCGGACUGGAUUGGGAAACAUUGUUCUAAUAGAUACAUAUAUACAGAAUGACACAUUCGCUAUUCCUUUAUGGACGGUGUUGGCAGCCUGUGUAACAUUUUUUUUAUCUAAAGAGCGGCUUUGUGUUGCAUCCCUGGUUUCACACAUUAAUGAUAUAAUAAGCCCUUUGAAUGCCGUGUCUCAGAGGGUAUUUUAAAUACUCACAAAAUUGGAUAGAUACAAUGCAUUUUUUAUUUUUGCCUUGGGCAGCAUUACUUCAACAAGGGACAAUAAAGUAACCAUUAGUGUCAUAGUGUCAGUUGCUUUUCAUAGUAUAAAAAACUAUAUAUAUAUAUGUGUGUGUGUGUGUGUGUGUGCAUAUGUGUAUGUAUGUAUGUAUACACACACACACACAUAUAUAUAUAUAUAUAUAAAUAUAUAUAAUAUGUGCUAGUAUACAGGCAGCAAUGUGUCAGCUGCAGUCAGUUAUUACAUAGAACUGUCAAAAUCUGGAACAGAAAGACGAUUCGCUGUCAUUUUUCAAAGGUAGGUGAUUUCUUGUUUUGGUGAAUUGCUUGUCACAACGAGAGUAUUCUGCGUAGUUUAUCUCAGUCAAAUUACAUGUUAUAAAUACAAUCCAUUUACUUUAGGCUUUUUUGAGCAAACUAACACAUGACAAGACUGGCUUUUUCCUUCAACUUACACCUUUCUUUCAGUAGGAGAACUGUGUGGAAAAAACAUCUCUCUUAGCAUAAUAUUAAAGAAAUCGUGGUGAAAAGCACAGGAAAUUGCAUCAUAAAAGUUUAACACAUUCAGAAAAGAUGCGAUUUCUGCUGUAGCUUAUUACCAAGGAAACAUUCAUGUAGGCUAAAUCAGAGUGGCAUACAUUCUGCUCCUUUCCUUUAUUUAGGUUACUUCCUUUACUAUACCUGUAAUGUUGAAAAAAUAGCUAUAGAGCAUAUGUUUAAAUGUCAUUUGCCGUCUUUCUGUAACAAGUGCAGUUGCAAAACAAGCAAUAUUCUUAUUAAAAAGAAUCACUUCAUACGAAACACAAGCUCUUUGGAUGCCUCUACAGAAACCGUAACCCCUGAAAUGAACUCUCUCAAGAUUACUUAGUGCAGACUAUUUGGGAUACCUGGAUGAAUUACGUUAAAUGUACAGGUAAGCGUUGAGGCUUGAAUUUUUGCUGCUAAAGUGUUUUUUUUAUGUGUUUCCAUUUGAGCUAUAUGGUAAAAUUCACCCACAUACGCUCCUGGGCAAAAAAAAUGGGCUGAAGCUUAAUGUGUGAUUUGGGUUUGGCCUGUUUCGUCUCACCGAGGAGUGUACAUUUUCAUAUGUUGUAUGUUUAAAGGUACAUGCUUUUGCUUGAAGUGUUUGUUCAUGACAAAAUGUUAAUUUAUGUUAUUUUAGAAAAAUCAAUCCAUAAUAAAUAGGUACAGUAUGAUAGCAAUAUGUAUUUCCAUUUGUUUUAAGUUUGUAUAUAAUUUAAGAAAGCUUGCCUAGGCUAUAACUAUACAUUGAAUUCCAGCACAGUUCAUUCAAGCUAUAAACUAAUAGUCUAACUGCUGACACAGACUGUAUAUAUAACAACUGCAACAAGUACUGUUAAAGAUAUACUUAAGUGUACAUUUAUAAAUGUACAUUUUAAGUAUACUUUUCUGAUUGGAUAGUGCAAACAGCAAAGCAUAAAUGCAGGAUUUUUAUUAUCAGUUUCAUUUUCCAUCCAGUUACAGUCUUGCUUUGAUAAAAUAUUGCAAUUGUUGUGAAGGACAAAAGUUAAUUAUUGGUGCAUUUUCAAAAACCGUCUGGAACAGACUUUCCUAAAACAUUAUACUUUUAAUCCACCCAUUUUUAUAGUGUUUAUGUAGAAACAUUGAAUUCCUAUAAUGCUUAAUGUCACUUUAUUGAAAUCCAGAUUGUACAUUACGAAUUAUUAAACAAGAUGUUCCCUUGGUAGCUGGAAUUGUAUCAUACAGUUUUAAGAGUAAUUUUAUAUUCAGAAGUUUUUGACCAAAUUUGUCAGUAAUGAUAUAUUAAACUUCCUUUCUAUAAAAUACAUAAAUUUAUUUUGCAAUUGUUAGAUGUUUCUCACUGUUGUACUGUUCAGAAGGGUAUGCACUGAAUUUAAGGUUCUUAACAUCAAACUGACAAUCAAAAUCAGUGAAUAAAUCAUUUAAAGCAAUUACGACUUUGACCAGCUUGCAGAAGCAUGGGAGGGAAAUGGUUGUCCUUAAUGGCCAUAUGAGCCAGGUAGCUUUUUGCUUAUUUUGGCAAUGACUCUUUAAUUACUAUUCCAAUUUGAGGUGUCAUCCACUGACCUUCCAGGUACAUGGAAGCUUAACUCAGCAGGAGAUCUGCUGGCUUCCUUUGAGUUCCCAAGUUCCCAAAAACCCCAAGUAAAAUUGCACAUCUGAUCUCCAUAAGUGCUCUUGCAGCAUUAACCUCAAAAUGCCCUGUGUUUUUUUGGACAAAAUAAAAGAGCUCUGCAACAUAACACAACUUUAUUUUGCAAAAGGACACAAAAUGAAGGUGUCGUUUUUUACGGAAAUUCAGUAAAAGGUCAUUAUUUCAUUAUACGCUGAUGUCGAUCCUUCGGUAAUCUUUACUUCUGUGAUAUUGUGAGACUAAUUUCUGAGCUUUCGUACUGCACCAUUAGCGCAUGUCCUUUCCUAUGGACCCAAUGAAAAGUGCAGACACUCCACAGUAGAUGCGUAAAGCCCCCGCGCUGCAGGAAAACAUUGAGCGCUUGACAGAUUCCCAUUUAUUCUUUCAUGUCCUCAUGCUCGCUCGCUCUCUCUGUUAUAGUGGACUCAAUCAGGGAGCAACAGGACAAAAACAGGAAAAUCCAAUCACUCCCAAACCUGCAUUUGAGAGGAGGGCAAGACACAGGAUGUUUUUAUCCUAAAAAAUGAAAGUCAGGCUGAAGUGAAGACGUUAACAUUGAAUUUGUAUUGUGACUCAAAUAAUGAAAUUAUCGGUAAACUUGUGUUUAUUUAAAACUAGUUGGUCAAUCUGUAUUUUUUGUUCACUAUGUGAGUCAGAUGAUUGUGACUGUCAAUAAAAUUUCCAGAUGUGUUUCUGCUA